CCUGGCCAUGGCUCAGGCUGUCUGUGACGAGAUCAGCGUGCCUCUGCGCAUAGUGCACCUGACAGACGCCUACUGGCAGCGCGUGGUGUCGCACUGUGUGGCUGAGAUUCGCAAUGGCCGCACGCCCAACCCCGACAUGCUCUGCAACUCGCGCAUCAAGUUUGGAGCCUUCUACGAUCACAUUGACUUGUCUCACUUUGACCGCGUGGCAUCCGGCCAUUACGCCCGCGUCAUCCGCCCACUGGCCGACCAUUCCCAGGACAUUCAAGGCACUUCUUCAGCUGUGCAACUGGUGCUGUCAGCAGACGAGGUGAAGGAUCAGACCUACUUCCUCUCGCACCUAUCUCAGCAGCAGCUGUCUCGAGUCAUGUUUCCCCUUGGGGCCCUCACUAAGUCCGAAGUGCGACAGCUGGCAGCUAGUUUCAACCUGCCCAACCAGAGCAGGAAGGAUUCCCAGGGAAUCUGUUUUCUGGGGAAGGUCAAAUUCCCUGAAUUCGUUGCCAGGCACGUGGGCGAGCAGGAGGGGCUGCUGGUGGAGGCUGAGAGCGGGGUGGCCCUGGGCACGCACAGGGGCUUCUGGUUCUUCACCAUCGGGCAGCGCCAGGGGAUCAAGCUGUCUGGCGGGCCGUGGUAUGUUGUAGCGAAGGACACAGCCACCAACACCGUGUUUGUCUCCCGCAACUACCACUCGCCGAACAAGUCUCGCCGGCAGUUCUGGGUGGGCGGGUUCAGCUGGACCGUUGGUGGGGAGUGCGAUCCGCCCUUGAGUGAACGGCCCAACCUGACAUGCAAGGUCCGCCACGGGCCCCAUUUCUACUCCUGCUCCGGCUCUACUCAAGAGCCUCCAUCUGCGAUUUCAAGAGCGUGACGUGGCACUCCACCCAGCCUACC